AUGGGAUCCAUCCAACGCUCCAUCACGGUCCAUGGUCGACACUACAAGGUCCCCGAAGGACCCGUCGUGGUCGUCUGUAUCGACGGCUUUGACCCAACGUACCUCUCAGCCGGCUGUGAGGACGGCAUCACGCCCAACAUGGCCUCCUUCAUCGAGUCGGGCUUUCACACGACCGCCACCUGCGCCAUGCCGUCCUUGACCAAUCCCAAUAACAUGUCCAUCAUCACGGGCGCUCCGACCGCCGCUCACGGAGUGUCGGGCAACUAUUACCUGGACAAGAAAACCGGGCAGGAACACAUGGUUCUAGACGACGCGUCGACCAUUGGCACCACCAUACUGGAGCAGCUGGCCGGCGCCGGAGUGCGCGUCGCCGCCAUCACCGCCAAAGACAAGCUGCGGCGCAUCAUCAAUCGAGGCCUGUUUGCCGAUCAAGGCGCCAUCUGCUUCUCGGCACAGUGUGCCGGCGAGUGCACCAUGGCCGAGGCUGGGAUCGAGGACGUCGAGGCAUGGCUCGGCCGCGGCGCUCCUCCGCAAUACUCGGGAGACCUCUCGCUGUUUGUGUUGGACGCCGGAAUCAAGUUGCUACAGGAGGGCAGGGCGGAUCUCUAUUACCUCACGCUGUCCGACUACAUCCAGCACAAACACGCGCCGCGAUCCGCCGAGGCCGACUGGUUCAUGUGUGAAGUCGACAAGCGGUUGGGAGAGCUGAUCAGGCUGGGGGCCGUCGUCGCCGUGACGGGCGACCAUGGCAUGAGUGACAAAGCUGAUCCCGAGGGCAAUCCCAACGUUCUCUUUCUGGAAGAUGCCAUCCACGCCAAAUGGCCCGAAGCAGGCGCCCGUGUCAUUUGUCCCAUCACGGACCCCUUCGUCAAACACCAUGGCGCUCUCGGCGGAUUCGUACGUGUCCAUCUGCUCAACGACAACGACACUGCCAAGGUUGCAGAAAUGGUGAGUUAUUGUCGCACACUUCCAGAGGUGGAGGCUGCGUAUACAGGACGGGAGGCAGCCGCGCUGUUCGAAAUGCCCGUGGACCGUGAAGGCGACCUGGUUGUGAUCGCGAGCAAGAACGCAGUGAUAGGUGGACGCAAGGACGAACACGACUUGACUGCAUUGAAGGGACAUAGGCUCCGAUCGCAUGGAGGGCUUUCGGAACAGGCGAUUCCAUUACUGAGGUCGCGGCCCCUCCAGUCCAAGAACAGAGACGCAGCCACGGACCGUGCGUGGCGGAACUUUGACGUGUUCGACGUCGCACUGAAUUAUUAA